CUAAACUAUGAACUUGACGUUGACGUCUUCGAAAUUUAACCGCAUAUUUCGGUCGCUUGUUCUGAGGGCAUAUGCGAAGAAAGUACAUCAUUUUAGAAAACAAUUAUAUUAAACGGUAAAAAACACUAAAGGUAAUGUUUGAACCACAGGAAAUUCGAUCGGAACAUAAGGAUGUGAUUCAUGAUGUUUCAUAUGAUUAUUAUGGGCAAAGAAUCGCAACAUGCUCGUCCGAUCAAACAGUGAAGAUAUGGGACCAUAAUGAAAAAGGUGUUUGGAUCGUGUCAGCUAGUUGGAAAGCGCAUUCUGGAUCUGUCUGGCGUUUAUCAUGGGCACAUCCCGAAUUUGGAACAGUACUAGCAACAUGUUCCUUUGAUCGUACAGUUUCAGUCUGGGAAGAAACAAUCGGUGAAAAGCCGACACCUACGAUGACACCCGUUAAACGUUGGGUGCGGCGCACAAGCUUAGUUGAUUCGAGAACAAGUGUUACGGACUGUAAGUUUGGUCCAAAGUCUCAAGGACUUGUACUGGCAACAUGUUCAGCCGACGGUAUAAUUCGCAUAUACGAAGCUCCAGAUAUAAUGAAUUUGUCCCAAUGGACUCUGGCUUAUGAUGUCGCAUGCAAAAUGCCACUAAGCUGUUUGACAUGGAAUCAUUCAAUGUACCGCUUACACAUGCCAAUGAUAGCAGCUGGCAGUGAUGAAGUACAAACCAUAGGCGGCAACAGUUCACGGGUGUAUUUGUUUGAAUAUAGCGUUGCUGGGAAUGGUAAAUGGACAAAAACCGAUUCAAUAAAUGUCUGUGAUCCAGUGCAUGACAUUGCAUUCUCUCCUAAUGUUGGGCGAUCCUAUCAUAUUCUUGCCAUUGCAUCCAAAGAUCUAUAUAUAUAUAGCAUUUCACCUUCAACAGAAGUGAGUACAUCACGAUUCGACGUGCAAAUUAUGUCUAGAUUCUCCGAUCAUAGUUGCACGGUUUGGCGUGUUUCUUGGAACUUGACCGGCACCAUUCUUUCAUCAUCUGGAGAUGAUGGCUGUGUUCGAAUGUGGAAAAUGAAUUAUCUGAAACAUUGGAAAUGUGCAGCAAUCCUCAAACAAGACGGUUCACAAUCACCACAAGAUUCAUCGAUAAAUCCUUCCAUAGCCACACCAAGCACAACAUUGGCUACAACAAAAUAUUACAAACGCGGUAAUUUGAGCCACCCCAACGAAGUACUUUUGCACUAACAUCAAUUUGCCAUCAAUAAUUGGAUUCACUCAAGUCUUUUAUAUUCAAAUAUUACUUCUGAAUUGUCAUUUUUUUUAACAAAAAAUAAAACACGAAAUACAAUGUAACAAUA